AUGAAUUUAACUAAUCAUAAUGAUAACCAUUGGUAGGAGAUAUAUCAAUUAGGCUAAAUCAAUGAAAGUCAGAGCUUUGAUAAUCAUAAUUUAGAGUUCUCCCCUUAGCUUUUGGGUAGCAGGUAACGUACACUGACCUACCCUUCAUCUCCUUUAUAUACGAUGGUUGAGAGGGACCAAAAUUCUGAUUCGGAAGUGCAAUAUUAUGAUGACUAACUAAAUGAAUUGUAAUAAUGCUGCCUUAGAACAGAAACUGAAAAAUCCGAAUCUUGUUGUUGCAAGGACGAGAACCACCAUUAGUAGAAACAUCUUAUUCAAAAGAGCAUAAGGAAGAACAAGUCUAAUGGGAAGCCAAAUUGGGACUCCUCUAUCAGGAAGAAUUUCCCAAAACUUUUAGGAAACCAUUUCUUAGCCCAUUUAGAGUAGAUUUCAGAUUAGAUACUUCCUCCUCCUAUUACACAAUUCCUAUUGGAAUUUCAUUAAAUAAAGGAAUCCAAAAAACAACUCUCAUUUGCUAUUUCAGACUUUAGCAAGUUAUGUCUUGCCUCAGAAGAGAGUAAGAAAUUUUUUAUAGAUUUCCUUCAAAAUAAAUUGCCAGUCCGCCUAAUUCAUAGUAAUAAGUUUACAAAGAUCAAACAUGUUUUAGAUUUAGUCCGUAAUGCUUAUGUCGGAGCAUGUAAUCCUGAGAGGUGGAAAGGAAAUAUGCAGAUAGCCAAACCGGAAUGA